AUGGCCUCUGCCUGUGCUUCUCGAUUAACAUCCGUCAUUCGGACGACGUCGGUCCGCGGAUUUCACGAUCGCAGUUCUGUACCACGAGUUGUAGACGAUCGUGAAAAAUCAACAGCCAAGUAUACUGACGCUGGUUAUACUUUCCGCUAUCACCAACAAGGUGUAGAUCCUCUUCCCCGUAUUCCUGAUUGUAAAGUGCCAGUAGCUCGGCCAAACUAUAAAGUGCGCGAUCAAUGGAGUGAUGAAGCCGCUCGAUUCGGUCAAAAUGACUACAUUGAUCUUCUGGGUGACGGAUCUGUUCAUCCAGCGCAACUCCAGUAUCACACACCGACAUGGCUACGUGGAUUCCCAGGACAGCACAAAGCGAAUGAGCUCAUCAAAUUAAUUCAUUAUCGUAAUCUGUAUGACUCGAAAUUAAAGCAGAAUUCGCCGAAAAGAUGGCACGAAUUGAGAAAGAGAAUAAAAUAUUUGAUGAUGCAACAUAACUAUAACAAGCAGGACGAGAUCGGUCGAGAACGCAAUUUGGGAUUGUGGGAAGAAGAACCAGACUAUACGUACAAAGACAAGUCACGACGAUCAUUCAGAGACGAAAUUCAUUAA